AUGCUUUCUCUCCCCCUUCCCCUUCUCUUGGUUGCGCUCGUGGUCGUGGUGGCACAGGUGGCCUCGCAGCUGUUGGGCGCGUCAUGGCGGAAGCCGAAUAUCACAACCUCGCUCGAGGACCGCAUCCGGCUGGCCCAAGGGGCCCUCUCGCAAGCCAUCUCGCAGCUGGAUAGUGCCACCUUGGCGUUUCCGGACCCCGCGACCACCUAUGGCCUCUCCGGCGCUCUUUACUCCCAACUCGCAGAGUUCGACCAGCUCACGAACCAGUCGCGGUACGCCAUCACUCUCGGGGGGUACUUUGGCUCCGCGAAGGCGGUGACGGCAGCAAACUUCUCGGGCCCUUAUGUACUUAAUAAUGGCCUGAACUUCGGAUAUGGAGCUGUUGUCGCAUAUAAGACAUAUAAGACAUAUAACAGCUCCUUGUUUCUCCAAUUUGCGAUCGAAGCGUGGUCGGCAGCAGUUCCCUACACGAUCACACAGGCGGCGCUUGAUGCGGGCAAGAUGGCGAACAAGAGCUUCACGUUGAGCCCUUCGUGUCAAGGCGUUAGCAUGGCCGGCGGAGCUUUCUAUAGCACGGACCCCGUCAAUACUGGUGUUGUCGUUAUUGCCACCGGUGGCUUCUUUGUCCUUUCGGCUUUGUUGGCAGAAGCGACCGCGGACGCGAAGUAUCUUUCGGCGGCCGUGCAGUCCAUGUCUUUCAUCCGUGCACACCUGUACAACGGCGAGGGCCUCGUGAUAGACGGGAUGUCAGCGAGCGCUACCGACAAUUGUGCGUUGAGCACUUUGGGUCUUUUGCCCUACAAUUCCGGUCUCAUGGUCGAGGGAUUGGCCGUCUUGUACUCGAUUUCACAUAACACAACCUAUCGCAACAUGCUUGAUGACCUUAUAACUGCCUCUCUUGCAACGACAGGCUGGCAGAAUGUUAGCGCAUGGAGGUGCGCAUGUGACGAGCAAGCACGCAUGGCGGUUAUGAACAUAUGA